AUGUGUAAGGCAUCUCCUUCUGUUCCUCCAGUGGCGGCCCCAAGCUAACAAAACCCAGGCCGCUUCCUAGUCUACAAGGGUACAAAUCCCAUCCUUCUCUCAGACCUAAUCCUCAACCCAACCCACUCAAUCCUAACGCAAUCCUACGACUGCCGCCUACGUCUCGACAGCCUCCCGCACAACGGCGACGGGUUCGGCGUAGGCUACUACACCACGCCCACCCUUUCCGCAGAGCCAUGCAUAUUCACCUCGACCACCCCGGCCUGGAACUGCGUCAACCUCUCCCGCCUGGCGAAGAAGACCGCCUCGUCGCUCGUAUUCGCUCACGUACGCGCCACCACCAGCGGCGCCCUCAGCGAGAGUAACUGCCACCCGUUCUCCUACGGAAGUCUCAUGUUCAUGCACAACGGGCACAUCGCGAACUUCAAGAAGAUCAAGCGCGCUAUCGUCAGCGCUAUCCGGGACGAGUACUUCCUGAUGGUGGAGGGGUCCACGGAUAGUGAGUGGGCUUUUGCCGUGUUUUUGGACACGCUGCAUUCAUUGGGACACUCGCCAAAGUCCCCGCCCGAAGCGCAGAACGAGAGAGUGGGCGGGGGAGGAGGAGGAGGAGGAGGCUUCGGACAUGGCGUGCUUAGGCAGGCGUUGCUCGGGACCAUUCGAAGGUUGAAUGAAUUCCUGGACGAAGCGGGAACCGGGGAGCCGAGCCUUUUGAACUUUGCAGCUACCGAUGGGUAUUCGGUUGUCUGCACACGGUACGUCUGUUCGAGGACCGAUGAGGCAGCGAGCCUAUACUUUUCGAGCGGAACGAGGUUUCACGAGUACAAAGAGGGAGGCUUUUACCGUAUGGAGAGGCACGAUCGUGGACAGGAUUUGGUCAUGGUCGCCAGCGAGCCUUUAACCUUUGAGCGAGGUUUGUCUCCCUUACCCAGCCCACCCCUUCAAAAAUAAUACUCCAUUGACCAACAAAACACCAGGCGAUUGGGUCACCGUGCCCACGAAUAGCAUCUUAACAAUCAACAAACAGACAGUCUUGAUACACCCCAUCAUUGGUACCUUCCCCCCCCCCCGCCCUGCCCCCAGGAACGACAGGCUAAUUCCCCACCGCAGACAAAUACUACCAACAAAACCCCGCCUACAGUCGCUCCGCAGCGUUCGCCGAGAGCAAAGGCAUGGUGGCCGAGCCCAUUGUCCCAAGUAAAUCUGUCAAGAACGGUGCCAAGAAACUCGGCGUCAGGAGCGGGAAAGACGCGCAUCCCCCCACCAUUCCCGACAGACUCCCCUCGGGGUCUGACGAAGGUGAAUGAGUUAAUGGGUGGGCCGAUUGAUUGGGUUGGGUUGUGAUUGGGGUACAUGUGAUUCACUGAUUGGAUUAUAGCGGCGGCGUUUGAUCUUGUUUGUGCCCGGUGGCCGCUACUGCGACGAGGUGAUGUGCCAUGUAUUGAUGGGAAUCCAUUAUUAUCACUAUUAUCAUUGCUAUCAUAUUCAUUUUUA